AUGGAGAUAAUAUGCGCUGGAAUCAAUAAAACAUCAACGAAGAGUUGUUCUCUUGCACUCAGAGAGCUUGGAUACAAAGUUGCCGAUUAUCCAGAGACACUCUUUUACCUGACUCAAAUUUGGACCGAUUUUAUUGAUGGAAAAGUCCCCAUUGAGCAGGUCAUAGAAGAGUACACGAGCAGAGGAUACACUGUAAAUCAAGACCACCCGGGAAACAUUUACUGGGAAGAACUCUUCAAGGCGUCCCCAAAUGCGAAAGUGAUUUUAACUGUUAGGGACAAUGUUGAUGUUUGGAACAGAAGUCUCGUCAGAUUUAUGGAUCAGGAAUUCAACGCGCAUCCGUACAGGUUCUGGCUUGAUGAGAGAUUCCACAACGCUGGCUGGUUCGGAAGAAAAUUCUUUCAAAUGUUCGCGAUAAGCAACCAUUGCUUCCGAAAGUCCGUGAUGAGAACAGCUAAUUGGGAGAAACACGGUCCAUUUCUUCCCGCCCCAUGGAAAGCUUUCUGGCCGAGUCAGCACCUGGCCAAUUUCAGAGAUUCGAUGAUUGAGAGCAAGGCGUACUACGAAGAGCAUAAUGAACGAGUGAUCAGGACUGUGCCCAAAGAUCGGCUUCUGAUUUGGAACGUGAAAGAUGGCUGGGAGCCGCUUUGCAAAUUCCUCGGAAAAGAAGUCCCAAAUAUUCCCAUUCCCCAUGUGAACAAAACGAAAAAAGGAGAAAAUUUCAUGGAAAAAUUCAUCCUGAACGAAGAAUUCAAGCGAGAAGUUGAGCUCGAGUUUUUCAAGAAUCUUGGCGUUUUUAUGCUGAAAGUUCUUUCUGUCGCUGCAAUUGGAGCAUCCGCUUGGUUUUACACUGGUUUACAGAAAAAAUUCUUGAGAAAACUCCAGACGAAUCAAUAA